AUCUAUCUAUCUAUCUAUCUAUCUAUCUAUCUAUCUAUCGGCUAUUUCAGUACAGGGUUAGCUUACCCUUCAGCACUCCGUGUAAAGUGCUAGUUAGAUUUUGGCUAGUUUGCCUGAAAUUCCAAAUUAAGAAAAAAAAAUAAAUCCAACUGAGCAAAACCUCACCAUGACCCAGUAAACACACGGUUAAACAUCUCAUUUUAAAGGAGUUCAUUCAUUAGUGUCUCUGUCUCACAGCGGGCCCACCACUCAUUAGCUUCGGGCACAAACAGCAGAGAGCCGCAUACCGCAAUUAAUGAAGCGUUCAGGUGAGCGCUGCACGCACAGCCUGUCGCGCAUGACUCAGCGGGUGAGCGCGGGACUGGCUGUUCUCAAUUCACAACUUUCAAAACAUUGACGCGUGGAGCCGUGGGGGUGAGUCCCAUUACAUCACCGACGGUCAUAAAAACAGACGGCUCACCGGAGGGAAAACGGAGACAGACACAAAGACGGACAACCUCUUGACACAGACCUCGAGCGGUAGUUUCUCUCACUCGCGGGCUGAACUCAUGGACAUACAUUCCUCCAAAACCAUGAAGCCAGCGAGGACGUUGCGCUGCAGCAUUAAGCUGUUUGUCCUGUGCCACGGCCUCCUGCAGUUUUCCCAGCUGCUGUACAGCGCUUACUUCAAGAGCAUCAUCACCACAAUCGAGAGGCGCUACGGCCUCAGCAGCUACUCCUCAGGAACCAUUUCCUCUCUCCACGAGAUAAGUAACAGUGUGCUGAUCGUGUUUGUAAGCUACUUUGGAAAUCGGGUCCACCGUCCUCGCAUCAUUGGAAUCGGGGGACUUCUGAUGGCUGUCAGUGCCACCAUCCUGACCUUACCUCACUUCAUAUCCCAGAACUACGAAUACGACUCAGUUCUGCACAAUCGCCAUGACAUCUGCAACUUGCAUGGGAACACGAGCGACCCGGAUUGUGGCCGAGAUGAGUCCCGGCGACUGGCCGACACCAGCAACAUGUGGCUGUUCAUGGGCUUCGCUCAGCUGCUCUUCGGUGUGGGUUCGGUGCCCAUCCAGCCCUUUGGGAUAUCCUACAUUGAUGAUUUUGCUGGACCUGGGAACUCUCCUCUUUACAUAGCCAUCCUGUUUGCUGUAUCUGUAUUCGGGCCGGCCAUUGGCUACCUGCUGGGCUCAGUCGUGCUGCGGAUCUAUGUGGACGUGGACAAAACUGGUUUAGGAGCUGAACAGGAGCUGAGACAAGGUGACCCCCGCUGGGUUGGGGCCUGGUGGAUGGGCCUGCUCAUCACCACCGUCUGCCUGUUUCUCACCUCCAUCCCCUACUUCUUCUUCCCUCGCAGAAUGCCUUCAGAAGAUCAUGUUGAUAAUGACACUGACAUGUCUGACGACUUCAAGAAGCCACAAAUCUCUUUACUUGAUUUCCUGAAAAUGUUUCCCAGGAUGUUUAUCAACCUCCUGUUGAGCCCGCUCUUCCUGAUGCUGAUUCUUGCCCAGUGCUGCUUCUCAUCGGUGAUCGCAGCUCUCGCCACAUUCAUGAACAAGUUUCUCCAGCAACAAUACAGCGCUACAGCUGCAUACAGCAGCCUGCUAGUAGGUGCUGUAAAUCUGCCAGCGGUAGCCGUGGGGAUGCUGAUGGGUGGAGUCAUCAUGAAGAAGUCAGGUCUCUCUCUGAAGACCAUCCCACGCUUCUCUGUGGUCAUGCUGACCAUUUCCACCCUCCUCUGCAUCCCUCUUUUCUUCAUGGGCUGUCCUACACAGAGGGUCUCCGAGGUCAAUGAUAACCGUGGAGCGUACGGGGCUCUAAAGUCGUGCUACUCCAACUGCUCCUGUCCAUCCAAUGCCUUCAACCCCGUGUGUGGCUCUGAUGGUGUCGAGUAUAUUUCUCCUUGUCAUGCGGGCUGCACCAACUUCACCAAAGACCCCAACAACACCCACAGGGUUCAGCUAUAUACAAGCUGCAGGUGUAUACCUGGAAGCAAAAGUCAUGCUCUCCCAAAGCCCUGUCCAAACAACUGUCAACAUUUUCUCCUUCCUGUCAUGCUCGUGAUCUCUCUGGCCUCACUGAUCGCCUGCCUCACUCACAACCCCAUGUACAUGAUGGUGUUAAGAUCUGUUCCCUCUGAAGAGAAGUCAUUUGCAAUAGGAGUUCAGUUUUUACUCAUGCGAGUAUUAGCCUUCCUACCUGCCCCGGCGCUCUUCGGGACGGCCAUCGACACGUCAUGUAUCUGGUGGAAACAUGUGUGCAACAAGAAGUCUAGCUGUGGUUACUAUGACAACAACAUCUUGAGGAACAGGUUCUUGGGCUUACAAGUGGGAUAUAAGAUCAUGGGCAUCUUUCUGCUGAUGAUGCUGGGGUGGAAGGUGCAGCGGACACAGGAGUACAGUCUAGAGAAGCCUGAAGGGCUGCUGUGAUCCUGCUGUGAGCGUCCAUGUUCAUCCAAGCAUCUCUGCGAUGCUGCGGUGUUAAAACUUUUGAAUCAGUGUGCUGAGUGAAGCUGUGUCAGUGGGGAAAAAGUCACAGCCGACACGGGCCUUCACUGACCUCAAUUUCUGCAGGCCUACCUUCCUCCCUGGUGCUUCACUGGUUUGAAUUAAGAUUCUCCAAAAGGGAAAAUAUCAGAUGUUUUAUGAAUGCUGUAAAGCUUCUGUUUAGAAUCACUCUGACAAUAAUCCACUCAUCAUAACUUAGGAGAGAUCUGCUGAAGCACCUCGUAUGUGUGUUACCUCACAUGUUCCAUGCACCUGAGACAAGAGUUCAAACAACAGAUAAAUAUCUUUGUACAUAACUUGUUCCUAUAAAGCAGGAAUCUAUUCAGAUUUCUAUUUCCAAUGGGAACAUAUUCUGUAACUAAUUAACUGUAUUAGCUUAAUAUUUAAGUUUAUUUUUUAUAGAUGUUUGUCUCAUACAUAGAGACAUCUGUAAUAACUGUAAUACUCAUUUCAUAUAUGAUGACAUGUAACACUUGAUUUAAUCGCAAUGCUGAUGAAUUUUCACCUAUCGAGUACAUUUUUAAAUAGAAUCAUUUCAUAUACAAACUCAGUUAAACCACACAUCUUAUGCUAUCCUCUGAUGUGAUUUUAUGGUUGUUAUUGUGGACUCCAUAAAUGUGUGAGCAUUAUUAACUAAUAAAAAAUAUUCAGUAAAAUUUUCAAGCA